AUGCUCUUCUCCCUGUACACCAACCACUGCACCUCCAGCCACGACUCCGUGAAGCUGAUCAAGUUCGCGGACGACACCACCCUCAUUGGACUCAUCUCCAACAACGAUGAGUCCGCCUACAGGAGGGAGGUGGACCGGCUGGUGUCCUGGUGCAGUGGUAACAACCUGGAGCUGAACGCCCAGAAGACAGUGGAGAUGAUUGUGGACUUCAGGAAGAGCACUGUCCCCCCGCCCCCACCCUCCGUGAUGGACUCCCCCAUCACCUCUGUGGAGUCCUUCCGUUUCCUGGGCACCACCAUCACCCAGGACCUCAAGUGGGAGCCGACCAUCAGCUCCCUCAUCAAGAAGGCCCAGCAGAGGAGGUACUUCCUGCGGCAGCUCAGGAAAGCCAAGCUGCCUGCACAGAUGUUGGUGCAGUUCUACACGGCCAUCAUCGAGUCCAUCCUCACCUCCUCCCGCUCGUCUCCAAUGGGACCCAGCCUGAGGGGAGGACCACCCCCCGUGGAUCCCAGCAGAGCUCUUGUUUGCAGGCUCGAGGUGAGUCCACAGGCCGCCGCUGUGCACCGCAGUGGGCCCGGCCUUUCAUGUCCGACAGGGAGCUGGGGUCUGCUGGGGGUAUACCUGUCUGCUUCAGCUGUGCGACUGUAA